AUGACAUACAGCAUUUUUAAACACGCAUAUUAUCCCAAACGAUAUUCUAUUCCACAAAAUAACUGUUUGAUCAGAUAUGUCAAUCAUGUUGGAUUUUCCGUGUCGUUGACGAAUUCCGUUCUAGGUGUGUUUGUUGUUAUGUCGGGUAUGCUUUCAUCCAAUAUGCCGCUGGUUCUUGAUCGCUUGAAUCGCAUUUCACCCAUUCCGUACCUUACACGAUUGAUGGCUAUCAAUGAAUUUCAAUCCAAUGUGAUUUACACUUGCACGCAACAGGAAAUUCUGACUGGGACAUGCAUGUAUCACACGGGGUCUGACGUUUUAAAGCUUCUCAGUGGAAGUACAGAUACUAUGGCAUUUGAAAGCAACAAAUUUGUGCUUUAUAUUGUUGUUGGAUGUGUGUUGGCUGUUGCGUAUCGACUGAUAGCAUAUAUGGUGUUGCUAUUCAAAGUACGCAUGUAA